UAUAACCGUCAGCGGCAACGGAACUGCCUUCGAGGGGACUCGGGUGAGGCGAUGCCAGGCCUGCCUGGAGAAGAUCACGACAUCCCAGAUCACGUGACAUGUCCGUCCGCAGCCUCCACAGGCGGGUGUCCGGCCCGGGGGACUCGGAGCGCGAGGCCGGGGAAGGACGGCGAUCGAGGCGCGUGCCCAGCCUCAAGCUGGCAAACGGCCGGCUGCGAGUUGGGGCCGCGCAAUCCGAGGAGGAGUUACGUUCGCCGCCGCCACAGUCUCGCCUCGCCAAAGAUGACUCCAUCAAGAUCAGCAUCGAGAACACGAACACAUGCACAGACUCUCUGGUGACCGCCAUUGAUGACGAAGCCCUGCUUAUUGCUGACUACCUCUCCAAUUCCUUAACGAACAUGAAUUAUAAAGAAAGCGGAAAAGUGCAUUUUGGGGGUGAUGACGUUAGCUUAUAUGGCACCCCUAAAGAGGAACCCGGACCUAAUCCUUUGGGUGCUAAUGAGAAGCAGAGUUUUAUCAAGAACCAACUUCAGGCGCUGUUUCAACCUACUGACAACAAAUUGGCUAUGAAACUGUUCGGCAGCAAGAAAGCGCUCAUGAAGGAAAGGAUCCGACAGAAGGCGGCGGGUCACUGGGUCAUCCACCCCUGUUCCAGCUUCAGGUUCUACUGGGACCUGUGCAUGUUGCUUCUGCUGGUUGCUAACCUCAUCAUCCUUCCUGUCGCCAUUUCAUUCUUCAACGAUGACCUGAGUACACGCUGGAUUGCCUUCAACUGCCUCUCCGACACCAUCUUCCUUAUAGACAUCGUCGUCAACUUCAGGACGGGUAUCAUGCAGCAAGACAACGCAGAGCAAGUGAUCCUGGACCCGAAACUCAUCGCGAAACAUUACCUGAAAACGUGGUUCUUCCUGGACCUUAUCAGCUCCAUUCCUCUAGACUACAUCUUCCUUAUUUUCAACCAGUUGCAGGACUUCAGCGAGAGCUUCCAGAUACUGCACGCCGGCAGAGCGCUUCGGAUCCUGCGCCUUGCCAAACUUCUCAGCCUCGUCCGACUUCUGCGACUCUCCCGACUCGUCCGUUACGUCAGCCAGUGGGAAGAAGUCUACAUGGCACCCCUGCAUCAGGCCGGCAAAGCAGCGGACUACAGUAGCUGUAAUUCCCUUUGCCAGGAACGCAGUCGUAAGAUCUUGCAGAACCUCCAAAAAAAGCGCACAGAACGGAGGGGCCGCCUCAGCUCUGAUGGGCGGGACAAAAAGAAGUCAAAGUUCAGCAAAAGCAAUCUCAUUUUUAAGUUCCUCAACAUGGCAAGUGUGUUCAUGCGGAUAUUUAAUCUAAUCUGCAUGAUGCUACUAAUUGGUCACUGGUCUGGAUGCCUGCAAUUCCUGGUGCCUAUGCUCCAGGGGUUCCCACCCAAUUCCUGGGUUGCCAUCAAUGAACUCCAGGAAGCAUUUUGGUUGGAGCAAUACUCAUGGGCUUUGUUUAAAGCCAUGUCACAUAUGCUGUGUAUUGGGUACGGCCGAUUUCCACCACAGUCGCUGACGGACAUGUGGCUCACCAUGCUGUCCAUGAUCAGUGGUGCCACCUGUUAUGCACUCUUUUUGGGGCAUGCCACCAACUUAAUCCAAAGUUUGGAUUCUUCAAGACGGCAGUAUCGGGAAAAGGUGAAACAAGUGGAGGAAUACAUGGCCUACAGAAAGCUACCUCGGGAGAUGCGCCAGAGGAUCACAGAAUACUUUGAGCACCGAUACCAGGGGAAGUUUUUUGAUGAGGAAGUCAUCCUGGGUGAGCUUUCUGAGAAGCUUCGUGAGGAUGUUAUAAACUACAACUGUCGUUCCCUUGUAGCAUCUGUGCCAUUUUUUGCCAAUGCUGAUACAAAUUUUGUAUCUGAUGUAGUAACUAAACUACGCUAUGAAGUCUUCCAGCCAGGAGACAUCAUCAUCAAAGAAGGUACAAUUGGCACUAAGAUGUACUUCAUUCAAGAAGGAAUUGUUGACAUUGUAAUGGCCAAUGGAGAAGUUGCCACAAGUCUCAGUGAUGGGUCAUACUUCGGUGAAAUCUGCCUACUGACAAAUGCUCGCCGAGUCGCAAGUGUCCGUGCUGAAACCUAUUGCAACCUCUUCUCCCUUUCUGUUGAGCAUUUUAACGUGGUAUUGGAUCAGUACCCUCUUAUGCGCCGCACCAUGGAGAGUGUUGCAGCUGAAAGGAUCGCUUGUUGGUACUGUUCCAGACUGAACAAAAUCGGGAAGAACCCGAACCUUGUGUCCCACCGUGAAGAGGACAUGGGAAGCGAGAGUAAGACCAUCAACGCUGUGGUCAACGCUCUGGCUGAACAGGCAGAACAGGUGAACACAUCUGAAGAAUCCAUGGGUAAUCAGUCUAGUGACAAGAGCAUCCAUGAGUUGGGACGUAACCUGCACGAGCUUGGCAAAACACUGCACAGGCUAAACCUGCCGAGGCCCAAGUCAGAGAACAACUUCGCAUCUCAGGAGCAGCUGCCGAUGAAUCGCACCAGCCGGCCCAUGUUCCACAAGUCAGAUACAUUUCACAAGGACACCGCUUUCCAAUGACACCAUUGAAUAGUGUAUGUUGUUGUUAUUGUUUCUGCUGCCGCCAUGACCACACUGCGGUGAGAGACAUCACAAACUUUUGGUAAACCGAUUUUGUAUACAAAUAACAUAAUAUGAUGAAGUCCACAUUUUUUUAUGCUAAACCGUGAUCAGAAGUUGUUGGAUCUCGUGUGUGUCCUCUGCUUGUACUGGAUGAAGAGCACAUACGUUAUUGUUGCAGUGCUCAGCACAUUGUUUUGUUGAUAGUGAGAGCAAUUGACUCACAUCUGUGAGGAAGCUAGAAUUGUGCAAUAUUAGAAUACAAAAUAAUAUAGCUUUAAAAUAGGGUGCUCAAUAAAAAUAGGGAGCUGCAUUUUUACACCCAGUCUGCGUCACAGUAUGUAUGGUGUAAUAUGAUAUUUUAUUAGGUUACACAUCUAGAUACUUAAAUAGGCCUAAAUGUAAAAUAAUAUAUCUAUACAAUAUAAAUGGCAGGACCAUUAUCUAUGUAUAGUAUACAGAGUCAUGUUGAGAAGGUUCUAUAUUUGUUCAUAGCUAUUUUCAAACAGGCGAACAUUUAUUAUAAAAUUAUGAAGUGGCUUUUUCAUACAAUGGUUACCUUUGAGCUCUGCUAAUGUGAUUAUAAUGACACAGGAACUUUUUCUUAUUACUGUUGUCUUUUGGAUAUUCUCUAUUUAGUUGUUCCUCUUCAUUGUUGUAAGCAAAUCUGACGACUGACUUGUUCACCUUACGUUUACUUAUGUAGAGGCUGUCGUAUCUUAGAGGCAGUUCUUGAUUGCAUUAUCACACUCAUUUCUACAGUGCAAUGAUGAUUAGUUUUGAUAGAUUCCUCCCAGGUUGGACGAGACAGAAGGUAGACGUCAUGUAUCUUUCUAGAAUACCGACAACAUGUCCUUCUCAGUAAAGUGAUGUUUAUGUUGGAACAGAUUCAAAUGUAGUGCUGACAUUUUUUUUUUUACCAAAAGUGCUCAUCGUUGUUUUAAUAUAAGCAAAUGAUUUAUGGAGAGUGACAUGGUCAUCCGGGGCACUGACUGAAGAGCGGAAACUACUCCUCAUAGAAAGAACUUUUAGCUGUGAUCCAAUUUAGAGCUGCUGGAAUAUUCUCCCCCACAAACUCUCCACUGCUCCUUCAUUUCUUUGAAGAUGUGUUAUUGCCAUUAUUUUUAUAUUUCCUGUUGAGUUGCAGCAAAGUAAAAGUCAGAUUCAGAAGUUAAUACUCCUGAAUUCUAUAUUCUACAAUGUCCAUGCUGCUUCUUCAUGAUAACUAGGCACUAAGGAAUUGCUACACAGUUUGUAUCUUGGACACAAGCCAACAUAAAAGGUCUUAAAUGCUAAAUGUUACUUUAUUUUCAGUUGAAAUUGUAUAUUUUUGAUUACAAGAUGCUGAACUAGAGCUGUGACUUAUACAAUGAACAAAAAAGAAGUAACUUUAAAGCAAAACAGAUAAUGGGCUAAAAGCUAGAUUCUUAACCCUUUGACUGUUACCCUAUGCUAUAAAACCAUAUGCAAUCACACAGAAAAUCCUAAUUCAUCACAUUAUCUUCAAGCAACCACAGGUGAAGGCAUUGUGAAAGCCUGUUCUGUUAUCCAACAUUUGAUAUAUUAAACUUGAUGCCAUCUGUUAACAGAAACAUUGUUUCUUUGGCUCUAGCAGUUUUAAUAUAAGUGGGCCAAACUUAUCUGGUAACUGGUUCAUUGCACACAAAGGGUUAAGAAUAAAAUAUUUACCAGGGUAGAUUUAAUGCAAGAAGAAGCCUAUAUUGCCAGCUGGGAAAUAAUUUAUAUCCAAAUUCUGAAGUCCUCAACCAAAAUUUGCCAAUUCUAAGUAAUCGUAAUAGAUUAUAUACAUUCUAGUCCUUAGGGUUUCAGAGCUUGAGCUUAAAUAUUGGGCUUCUGCUUUCAGGACUAAUCAUGAAACCCAAAGCCAGAACUUACUUACAGAUUGGCAAAUUAUGUAGGAUAAAAUUGUAUGGCUUGGUAUGUUAUCAGAUAUUACCCAUCAAAACAUUAUGAAUCAUAAUUUCUGCUUAGAAACUGCACCACUCACUUCAAUUGCCAUUCAAAAUAUAGUAUGUAUAUAUAUAUAAAACAUUAACGGUGAACACAUUCCUGUUGUUGAAAUCAGAAAUAACACACUGCCUUUAUAUCACUUUUCAAAUAUAUUAGUUUUGCUUGUAGAAGAUCAAGAAUUUAAUUUAAUUAAUUUUAUUCGUGUUUUUUUGUUGAUUUGGUUACAGUGCCAUACUCUUGCCAUAACCAAUUACCAACAUGAGAAAAAUACAAGUAGCAUAUUUGAAAUACGGUAUUGCUAAGAUACAGUAUUAACUUUAAUUACAACCAUGAUCACCUGAGAUGCAGUGUCUUGUAGUUUGAUUGGUACCAAUGUCUCCAGAGGAUCCUUCUCCCUUCAGUUUCAGCAUUUACCUCCACCUGUAGGUAACCCUGAAGAUGGAGACAGAAUAUUCCUAUGAACCAUGGUACCUAUCCAUCAAACAAUAUGGCAUUGAAUGUCAGAGCACCAAAAUCUUUAUAUAUACUACCAUGAGAACCUCAAAUCUCACACAGCAUUAACAUGAAUAAUUGAAACCAGGCACCUCCCAAAGGCAAGUGUAAAAGCAUUGCCACUAUACCAGCUUGCUCAGUUUUAUAAUACUUGAUGAUGAAUGUGUGAGGAAGAGAGAUAUAGAUCUGUGAUUCCCUAGAUCAUUCUGGGAGACUAUUUACAAAGAGUGUAUAACAUAUGCUUGGCCAAUAAUGGAGAAUAAUAUUUAAUAUGUAAAUACUGCUCCACAAGAUUCCUUUUUCUUCUGUUGAAUGAUGUCAUGAGAUUAGCUACCACCUUCUUGAAGGGCAAAAAAUAUUAAGAUAUAUGUAGGGCACCCAGCACUGUGGAACAGAACAAGUGGAUACAAUAUCACAAUGGAUACAUCCAGGACUGACCCCAGUCAUUAACAGACCUUGGCAGUAUACAAUGAAGGAUGUGUACUUAUUGGGCAAGGAGGUAUUGUUAUUCUGUAAGUUAAAACUAUAAUAAUUUGAACAUCACUGUAGAUGGAAUUAUCAUACAUUCUUUUCUAAAUGUUAAAAUUAACUACUUAAUUGUCAGAGAAGGAAUUUCUUAACUUCAGGACUACCAACAUAAUGUGGCUGGUUUCUGACAGUGUUUCCUAAUGUAGAGCUAAGAUAUAUCAGUCAAUAUAAUAGUUGGCUAUGGGCCAGAAAACCGAUGGUCUGUCCCUUGCAAGGGGAAUCAUUUUCCUGCCUUCAUAUCCACAAUGAGCUUGGGGCUCAACCAGCCUCCUAUGCAGUGGAUAUUAUGGGGCUUUUUCUGUGGAGAUGACAGUGCUGUUUGCAGCCAUCUAAAGUUGAGGUUAAGAAUGCAUAGAACUUAACCCCCACUCCUUCGAAAUCCUCACAUUUCAGAAAUAUCUAUAUUUCACUUAUGCUUGCAGCAACUGCAAAUUGACCCUUCACAAAACAUUAUUCCACGCCCUACAUGCCUACUCCAUCUUGUAAUCAAGAAAAUACAGAUUAUAAAAAGAAUGUUUGAAAUAAUUUAUGUUUCAAGUUCUGUAACAAAGAGACUAAACAGUAACAAAAUUUAUAUAAGUGACUUCUAUUCAUCAUGGAAAAUGUAAGACUAAAAAUGUCUUGAGUCUAAAGGUUUGUGACAUAGAUGUGUUAUUGAAGUGAUAUAUGAACUGGGCAUCUCUGUUUUCCCAUUUGGAUUAAAGAAAGAUUGUUUUAGAUGCUGGCUAUGCGUGUAUUAUUAGAUUAAAUAUGACCUAAGACCAGGGAUAAGUCCAUCUAAUUGACCCAACCUGAUGAUGAAAGUAUACCGAGCUUCCAAAACUUUGUGUUUCUUUAACAGACUUCACUGGGUGGAAAUGGCUCUUCAGAACAAGUCAGGUGUUCCAUUUCAGAGAUAAAUAGACACUCAGAAUGAGUAGAAAAGCCCAUGGAAUGACCUAUACAUAUUAAAAGGAAAUUAUUACAUGGAACACUCAUGAUUAUUCCUUUGUUGUUGGGAGUGGCAGUUAUAGUGUCUUAUGGCAAUGGAAAUAGCUUCCUCAAAAUUAAGCAUUGUUAAACUGUGCAGAGCAUAUGUACCUGCAUGUACCUUCAUUUCCAGCCUUAUGAAAGGUAAUAAGGGAAAAUGUCCAGUUCAUGUUUCACUUUAAAAGUUCAUCCUUGGACACGUGACUGUUCAUUGUUCCACUCCAUUGAUUAAAUACUAUUUGCAGCACAAAGACAGAAGUAUAGAAGAACUGCACAUCACAAAAUAAAAUAAGAAACAAAAUAAAACAAUCAUUAAAAUAAACUAAGAGCAGGGGGGGGCAGAUAUUAAAAAACUGUGUGGGCACAGGGUAACUUUUAUGGGGAGUUCAUACAUUGUUAAAAAAAAUACUCUAUAUUGUUUCAUAAUGUUAUCUGGUGGAUGGUUAAAUAUUUAUUAUCCUAACAUUUAUUAGACUGUUAAUCAAGUUUGAAAUGAUUAAUUGUUCAGGGAUGAGCUGAUUGGAGCGCUGCUAUCAGUCUAUGCUGAUUGGAAGUUAAAUCACAGUGUGAUCUUUCCACAGAUAACUGAGCAAAUUCUUAAGAUGUUUGUUGUUAAUUCAGACACCUGUAAAUUCUAGCAGUAUACAAACUGUGUACUUUGAAAUCUUGAAACUAAUAUCAUAAUUUUAAUAAAGCUUAAUGACUUUCUAAAUAUCAUAGUAAAUAAAAUAAUUGUAUCCAGGGAACUCAGUUCUGCAUCUCCUGCAGUGUAGACAUGUGGGAUGAUUUCUCAACAUCUGCAAUUUCUUACUGCUCAUGUACGGCCUUUACAUCUAAUUUCUUUUGCAUUAGCCACACAGAUCCCUUCCUAAUAGAACCUCUACAAGCCUCUUUUUCCAUAAGCAUUUGUAACAUGCUACUUUUUGUGGUGCGUCUCAGUGAACCAUUCAUCAUUCGUAUGGCUGUGUGGAAACAGCUCAUUUAAGUGAAUGGUUCAAUAAGACAAACAAAAAACGCUAAAGCUAAAGCUAAAGAGCAACCUUAAUAAUGGACAUCCACUGUAUAGAAUUAUGCUGUUAUAUAACAAAUCAGACAGCCAUCUAAAUAGAAAUGUGUGAUUAUGAAGGAAUUUUGAGAAUGGGCUGCCGAGGAGAAUAUUUUCACUCAAGAGGAUUGAAGAGAAAUCAGGAGAAAAUUGCAUAAAGAAGAGCUUGCAAAUUUAUACUCCUCUUAGAACAUUAUUGGCUUGACCAAAGUAAGAUGGAUAGUAUGACUGAGGCAUGAAGCAUGUAUAAGAGAGAAAAUCAAUUCUUACUAAGUCUUUAUAGGAAAACCUGAAGAAAAGAGGCCACUUGGAUGACAUAAGCAUGGAUAAAAUGAUAGUAUUAAAAUGGAUCUUAGAGGUGUGGACUGAAUUGUUUGCCUCAGGACAGGGACCAAUAGUGGGCUCUUUUUAGUUCCAUAAAAUGGUGAGAAUUUCUUCACAAGAGGCGCACCUAUUAGCUGCUCAUAAAGGACCCUGCUCCAUGGUAUUGGUUGGUUAUUUAAUAUAUAUAACACCUGUAUACAAAUUAUAUACAAGUACAUCUUUAUAUAUCCAUUAGCCCAGCAUGUUCUGUUGGUGGGAACAUUAUCAAGGACCUUUGUUCACAACUGUUAAAUCUAUUACAUGAUUCAAAGUACGUAUGUGUUGAAAUGUAAAUAUUACAAUAUGAUUAUUAGCGCAUAUAGGAACCCAGCAUCCCACAUAAAGGCAUGAAAGAGAUAUUGCAGUUUGUGAGAUCUUUUCCCAUUGCACUGUUUGGAUAUGCACUGAUCUAAUGCACAGAAGACAGAUGUUUGAGUCCUCUCUGGAUAACAUCACUGUAUCAGUAUUAUAACAUUAAUUUCCUGAAGAGAUUGUGUCAUAUAGCAGGCUGUUGGACAUCCGCUUCUUACUGUGCAGAACCUAAUUCAAUCUCACUGCAGUCAUUGUGAGAUCGAUGGUAGACAAAGUGACAAUGGAGCAGGUUUUCCUAUAAGCCCCUCAAAUUUUUACUGUCAUUUGUUUUUCUGCCUGUGUUCUAUAUUUACAAAUGAAUACACUUGAAGUGUGUAAUAAGACAACCAGCCAUGAAGUGCCAUAGUCGUCAGGAUCAGGGCAGGAAGAAGAACGCAGAUGUACCAGGCAGCUUCUUCAGGUGACAUAUGUUGCAAUCCUUUUUUGAUUUUAUUUAAAUGAAGAUUUCUGUUGAUCUUCUUUUUUUCAUAUCAUGACCCUCAGCUGGCAGUCAUGUAAGGCUCAUUUUCUAUGAGUGUUUGUAGCAUGUCUUAGUGAACCACUGGUUUAAAUGGCGGUGUUUCCAGCUACCACAUAACCAAUGAUUUUCUAGGAUGUGCCACAAAAUCAAAAUGCCAUAAACUCUCAUGUAAAUGGAUCAUAAACAUUUUGUGCAACAAUAUAAAUGUAAAUGUGAACUGUAAGCGCUGGUAUUGUUGUAUAAUAUUGUAAACAUAAGCUGGCAGUAACGUCAUGAUUACAGUGACCAGAUGACACCCUAUUUUUAUCGUUGUUUCUUUUACUCUUUUUUUUUUUAAGAAUUAUGACACAAAUGGUGGUUUCCAUCACAGUGUAUGUGAAUUUCAUAUUAUUGUGAUGGAUUUUUGAGAAAGUUGAACAUCCUUUAAUUUGGAACUCUCAUUGCCUAGAGCAGCACUUCUGCUUGUGCCUGCCCUGCCCUUCCCAGGGCAUCUGUGUCAUUUCGAUAAACUCAGAGUUAGAAAGUAUGGGUUUCUAAAUAGUACAUGGCAUUUGUACAGAGCAAAAAAGCACAAUAUGGCAGAUUUAUCACAGACUGAAUAUGUUGCACCUGAGAGAGAAGAAUUUCACUUAAUCUUGUUCAUCCCCUUUUGAAAGAAUGAAGUUGAUAUUUAGAGACUUUUAGAAAUAGAACAAAAGAUUUUAUAAACACUGAGUGUUGACUUUAUAUAGAUGCAGCAUCUUUAGUGUCGAACACAUUUACUGCCAAGCCCUAUACUGAAAUUUUACACAACAAGUUACAUUUACAAUUUCUCUGCAUUUAAAUGACAUCUGUAGGAGAAAAUGAUGUUCACAUACACAGAGACAACGAAUCAUCUCUUGAUGGGAUCAAAAUUGGUGCACGAUAAACUUCAACUUGUUAGGUGGAAGAAUCGGCAGUGAAUAUGUUAAUUUCAACCCUUUGGUCUAUUUUAUCUGGCACUACUACAGAAUUUGUGUUUUAUAUCAGAGAUGCAGCAGCAUAUUUUUUUUGAAGGAACUGUCUUAACAAUUUUGAUCUGGUAGUGAAUAUGCAUCUGAAAUUUUCUGUAUUAGAGCCUUGUCAUUAGACUGUCAGGGUGCAAUAUACCUGACUGCUAAUGUGAUGAGUCUGUGAAAGUCGAUUCUCACCAGAGAAUGUCUUCAUACCUAAUCUCAGGGCACUCUGAUAGAAAUCUGAUGGCCCAUGCUAAAUCUCUGGCCAAGGUACCAAGUUUUCACUAAUACAUAAUGGUAGGAAGGUUUUUAAAAUAUGCGUGUGAGAAAGAAUGGUUUAUAUAAAAAGAAAUAACUGGUUGUAACUUUUAUGUGAUUUAAUACUGCCAAUUAAGUAAAGACAUACUGGAUUUCAGGUUCUCAAAUUGGUGAUUAUGAAGAAUGCUGUCAUGUAGGUUGUAACACUGUGCUCUUUCAAAAAAGGCCUGACAUAUUUUAGGAACAUACUGCCUCCAUUUUCAGGGCUGAAGAGUAAUUCAAGCAAGAAAUGAGGAAGAAAAAUGUGGCAAGCAGAACUUAAUUUUAAACCCUGAACGUGGGUGUGAUAUGCUCCUCUGAAAUGUCAGGCUUUUUUAUGAAGUACAUGACAUUAAUACCCAGAAGGCCAUACUCUUUAAUCAAAGAUAUGUUUAUAGUCAAAAUUAGUACACAUAAUACUGCAUUGAGGUAUCGUGUUAAUUAAACUGCAGUUUCUGCUGUUUCUAAUACAUAAACAGUUAUCAGAUAUCUUGAAAUUAACUAUGAGGCCAUUCUGUUAUAUUACUGAAAAUACAAGGUUCCGGUUUCCUUAAUCUCUCUUCCCCCAUCCCCAAGAAACUGCAGGAAUCUAACUUUACACAAAUGCACCAUUCAUUCCUCUGGAGAGAAAGAAUUUGCAAUAGGAAUACAGAACUGGUGUAAUUGUGAUGGUCUGAUUACGGAUCUGACCUUUCAUCUCUGUCACCUACACUGAGAACUUCUUCCUCUCUGACCCUGUAUGUGUUCUUCAUGGCAUGGUGCUUUAAUAUAAAGGUUAGGGUAAUAAGGACAUUUUAAUGCCUGAGUGGGCAAUAAUCAGUCAUUGAUAUUUUAGUUAAUAGUGAAGAGCCUCUACAGAAUGAAUAUGGUAAAAUGCUGAUUGCUCUGGCAACAUAUAAUGCACUGAAGAAAACACAUUUUUCACACAUAAAGAUUUCCAUAAAUAUACCUGGGCCAAUAAGGUCAUGAAGGUCUCUGACAGAUUAUGUACUCUUCAGUAAAGAAACUCUCUUCAUUAGUUAUUAAUAUUCAUGUAUAUUGAAGCUGUGACAUCAGUUAUGAACUCUGU